AGGCUCAGCAGCAGGUACUGCUAGAGAGCUCUUUGAUCCUCUCAAGUAAUCAAUCCGAAGUCCCAAACUGUCCCAUACGAGCGACGAGCGACCGUCUUUGACUGUUCUCACAACCGUCUAUAUUUGGACAUUCGCGCACCGAGUCCAGUACGACGACCAUCACGGCAUUGAUCGGACUCCUUGGAUCCUGGGAUAAUAAAAGCGUUCCGAAACACAGCUCUUCUUCACGGACCACAAACUGCCCCGAGUGUAGUGUAGUCUUCCCUAGACGAUCGUUGGUGCAUUGACAGUUCGACACGGCGUUAGAUCUGAAGGCUUCGUUUCACAUUUCGAAAAUCCCGAGUUCAAAGACGACUUUCUCUAGCAUCAGCUUCUUCAGCUCCUCCGCUACGAUGCUCAACAUGUCUGCCGUAGGCAAUCGAAACAGCACACCUGUCGAGUCGAACAGCUCUUCUCUGCGUCCACCGUCUUCUCGUGCCAUAGGCUCCGGUCUUAGAGCAUCUGCGGAUAUGGCAGCAUUCUCCACAUCACCUUCUUCGAGUCGAAUUCGACCUUCGUCCGACUUCUAUGGUACUCAGCAGAAUCAAGGACAAGGAGUCUCGGAGACUGAUGCAUCUGACAAGAUCGCUCAGCAGUGGAUUGCGGACAUUGAUCAGUAUGAGACUACGCUAGAGGAAAUGGCAGCUGCGACCCUCGACCAAGAUUUCAAGGAUGAACUCAGUGCUAUUGAACAAUGGUUCAGGGUCCUGAGUGAGGCUGAGAGGACUGCUGCUCUAUAUGCUCUACUCCAGCAGACUACUCAAGUGCAAAUUCGCUUCUUCAUCCAAGUGCUGCAGCAGAUGGGAAAGAAUCAUCCAAUGUCUGGUGUUCUGUCUCCUGCAAAUUUCGACAAAGACCCAAUGUCAAACCGCCUCAGUGAUGCUAUGAACAAGCUCAGUGUGGAUGGUUCCUCCCGAAAUUCAUUGACCAGACCUCCUGCGACGCCGUCUGCCAAGAGACAUUCCGGUCUCGAUCCAUCCACAAUCAACGCAAUGUUUCCCGAUGCCGCUGCGGCGAUUGCUACCGAGAAAGCAAAAUUCACUCAACAAACCGGAAAUCCACCAUCCUCGAAUAGAAACAGCGCUGCUUACGACUCACGUGCUUCACUGACAGCCCCGACUAUAUCUGGACCUGCAGAUUCCGCUGACAAUGGAGCUCCGUCGCCAUCACCAUGGGGUUCUCGAAAUAAUGAUCAGGCUGCUAGGCCAAAGUCGUCUGCUGGACAAACCCCAAUGGGUCAGUUCAUGCAACCACCCCCUUCAGGUGGCCUUCGAUCACCUGCAGCUCCAAUCUCCGGCAAUACAAAUCUGCAAAACACCACAAUCAAUGCUCCUGAAAACCAGAACCAAGAUCUCCCGCUACUGUCGCCAUACAAUGCUGGCAAUGGCAACUGGGCUUCUAUGGUCAACACACCCAUGGUACCUUCUUUCAAUACGACAAACAACUCAACUCAAGCUGACAUGGUUGCCAAUGCCACUGCUAUGAAACUUGCAGCUCUGUCGACCGUGAACAAUCGAUUCGCCCUAGAUGAUGUCCGAAAAUACCGUCGAGCUAGGUCAAACGACGGCCAUGGAUCGAGUGGACAAGGGCCCCUGUCUCCCGGUCUUCCAAACAACAUGCCUGGAGCAAACGUUGUAAUGAUUAAUGAACAUGGUCAAGUCUUGAGCCGGGAUCAAGUACUAGCUCUCCAAGCACAACAAAAUGCGUUCGCGGGUCGGAGAUCACGUCCCAGCUCACCAGGUCUGGCAAUGCAAGGCGGCGGUUUUGGACAACUGGGCUUUGCAUCACCGCAGAACAAUGGCUUUCUGGCAGCCUACGAUGGUUCCUCUCCCCUCAUGAAUAACGGCAUGGGUACAUUAAAUCUGGGCCAAUUUGGUCUGACCGGACACGAGGGCUACCUUUCUGAUCACAGUGACAUGGUGCGAGGUCGAUCCCCACGUGGUAGACGAGGCAGCUCCAAACCUCCCGAGGAUCCCACUGACCCGAGCCUUCUGCAAGACAUUCCCAGUUGGCUGCGAAGUCUGAGGCUGCAUAAGUAUACGGACAAUCUUAAGGAUAUGAAUUGGACCGAGCUUGUGGAGUUGGAUGAGAAGGCUUUGGAAGAACGGGGUGUUAACGCUCUGGGAGCACGAAGGAAGAUGCUGAAGGUUUUCGAACAAGUCAAAGAAGCCAAGGCAGAAGGCAAGCUCGCUUGAUCUAGAGACACAGGUCAAGUUUUAACAAGGAUUCGAGGGUCUGGAGAAUUGAAGAGUCGAUGACAAGUGCUCUACGCAGGAGAUGAGUGUUAUUAACGACGUGAACCCUGGUUGGCUAAACGUAUAUGUGUUGCAUACGAGAAGUAGAAUGAUUCAUAUCAUUCGAAGCAUGGUCUUUGCAGCCUUGGCAAGACUUGGAAACGGUAAUCGUGAGAAUUUGUACGAAAAUAACAAACGUGUUUCUUGCCUUGCCUGUUCAAGUCUAUGCAUCAAGUGAAUACUUAAGUAGGUUUUUUGUGCAUAUCAUAUUAGCUACCAAUUCAAG